UUGGUCGGCCUACUUCUGCAGCGGGACAUCAAGUUUAGGGAGGAUUGUCCACAGGAUCGUGAGGAACUGGGUCGCCACAGCUGGGCUUUCCUUCACACGGUGGCCGCCUACUACCCUGACCUGCCUACCCCGGAACAGCAGCAAGACAUGGCCCAGUUCAUGCGUUUAUUUUCCAAGUUUUACCCGUGUGAAGAGUGCGCUGAAGACAUAAGGAUGAGGAUAGACAGGAGCCAGCCCGAUACCCGCUCUCGGGCCUCCUUCUCCCAGUGGUUGUGCCGACUGCACAAUGAGGUGAACCACAAGCUGGGCAAACCCACCUUCGACUGCUCAAAGGUGGAUGAGCGAUGGCGUGACGGCUGGAAGGACGGUUCCUGUGACUAAAAGAUGGACAGCCAGAGCCUGGGGGGUAUGGGCGGAUGCCAGACAGAGCCUUGUGGGUGGCCUGGCUGGAGAAGGGUGUGCGGGGAGCUGAUUAAAGUGCAUCUGAGCCAGAACCUGUCAUCUCCGUGGGAUGGACCCCUCCCCUCAGGUCGGAGAGUAGAAGUGGAGGUAUUCACUGUCGGUGCCUCUCCGUUGAGGCCUGGCGGGGCUGCAGAUGAGGGACGCAGGAGCAGCCGCACCGCCCCUGCCAUUCGGUCUGCAGUCUUUUGUCCACCCUGUGUUCUAAGCCAGAAGGCCGUGGGCCUGGCUGCAGCACCUGGCACUGUGCCUUCCCACCCACCGUCUGGGCGAGGAACCUGCAGAGCUGUGGCUCUGCUAUUGCCAGUUGAGGAUUGAGGCCCAAGUGUGGGCUUUCCCUCGGGCAGAGGGCCGUCCACCGCGCUGCCUCCUCACUGCUUGGGACAUGGCCUUCCGUAACUGUGCCAGUCCUGUUAGCAGGGGGUUCUGGGACGGCUUCCUCAGAGUCUUAAGACCAAAAUUAAAUGCUGGAGGUGA